AUGGCCGACGCAGGGAACAAUACCCAGGUUGGCGAUUGGCGCCCCGAGAUGUCUUUUGCACCAUCAUCGCCUAUCCCACCUGCGCGAUCAUCCGUGCGCUCACCCCAGUCAGACUACCUCCGGUCCCAUACACUGACCUCGCCAACGCCCUUUCCGUCACUUUUCAUGGAGGAGUCUGACCUCGUCGCAGAUUCACAUUCUAUGACAUUUAAGCAUGAGGCCUCACCACGAUUUUUCACGCUCACGCUUACGCGCCCGCACUUCACCACCCCACUCUGCACGGUCACUGUGGACGCGCUCACCGUGCGGCUCAGCCUCUUCCCAACGCUCACGCGCGUCUCCGCUGGCCCGUGGGCGGACGUGACGCUUGAUGUGCUGCGCCUGCGCAUAUUUUCAUCCUCGCGGACGCCUGCGGACGUGAAGAAGCUGCGCGAGGCACUCGUGAGCACCGUGUUCUUUGGGCAGAUCUUGAGGGUCGACGCAUUUAAGAUGUCGGUCGUGUUCGGGCCUGAUUUCUCUGGGAGGGGGAAGGAGUUGAAGGACUCGAGCGACUCUGGCGAACACGCGGACUCGGAAUCAGCAGACAAAGUUGGAGAAGCAGAGGCGAAUGGUGUCUCAGACGAGGAGGAAGAAGACGCACCUUAUUAUUCCCCAUUCGAGUCGUCGUUCCGGUCUGCGCGGCCCGACGACCUGCUCAUCCUCGCAUCGACUGAACAGUUCCACACGCACGAUCGCAAGGGCCGCAUAUACAUGUUCGGCUCCGCCUCAGGGUGUCUCCGCCGCACAUGGGGUGCACCGGACGUGGAAGGUCAGCGCGGGUCGUAUCACAUGGAAGCAGUAGACUGCCAAUGGCGCCUACUUCCCCCGUUUGUGCUGGGCGAGCAGGGGGGGCACUCAAGCAUACUAUGGUACUUUCUCAGCCUUCCGUUCAGCAUGCCGGCGCAUCUGUACACGCUGAUUCACUACCCGCUGCGGUUGAUCGAUCUCUCAGUCCCACACGCGUUCAUACAGUUCGACGAUUUUAGGAUCCGUGACGUGGAGUUGGUUACGCAGGGAUUCGAAGCACUGUCGAAGCACUGGAUGCGAGAGACGCACGGGGUUUCUGGCCUGCCCGCGCGCGGAUGA